UCAGAACAAGAAAUCAUCACAAAAACAUGAAUUCUUAUUAGCCAGUAAAUAUCAAGUGCAAUUCACGAUUUUCAUACCUUGGCAUUAAAAAUUUGCGUUCCAAUUCGCGGCAUAAAAUGUUAGACAGUGUCCCGAGCGCCUAGCGGAAAUUGCAGAACGCGCAGCAUGUGAGAACAGACUGCAGUCGAUUCGUGCAACUGCGUCGUGUUAUAAAAUUUUGGCCCUGGUCGAAUCUCCAACAACAACUCGUGCAUCAUGGCCAGUGCGUCGGAUGACUCGACAUCAGCGGGUCAGGAGGAUCAGGAGUCCUUCGCCAUCUAUCAUGAAGGCAGGGCACUGCAGCUCCACUGGCGCGGAUUGCCUCCCUUGCGACGGGCUCCCGCAUCCCGGAUCUGCAGCAUUGGCGAUGGGUUGCUCCUCCUGACCACCGAUCACGCCCUGUACUCUGCCCAGCUACAGGCCAACCGUAGACAGCUGGACCUUCAAAUCCUACGCACGGAUGUGGUAGACAUGGACUUCUGUUCCGGCAGCCAGGAGCUGUUCGUGGUUCUAAGCAACGGCUCUGUGCAGCGCCAGAUCACCGGAUCUGGUAGGGAAGUGGGUCACCCACACGCAUGGCAAACCCUCGCCUUCGACCCAUUGGAGCUGCUCGCCGAGGGCGUUCGCAUCCGGCGGGUUUGCUGUUCCGCUCAGGGCGUAGUCUUCGUCGGCGCUAGUGGAGAAACCUAUGUCAUGGGCUCCUGCGGCGAGGUCUUCAAUGCGGAGCAACAACCCCGCCAUAUGCGCCUUUACGAAGAGGGCAAGGAACUGCUUGAUCUGGCCGCCGGAAAUGAGCAUUUUGUGAUGCUAGUGGCACCCUACAACCUGGCCGACGAUGUGCUCCAGUUGCAAUUAGCCAGUGCGAAGGACGAUCCUGAGGAUGAGCGCGCCUCCGUAAAAUCCCUGAGCAGUGACAACUCGGUGCGUAGCUUUGCGGCCAACACUAGGCACCUGCUCCACCAGGGGUACGCUCUGCUUCACACCCAGCUCUUCACCUUCGGAGCCUCCAAUAAUGGCCUCCUCGGCACCGGUGACCACAUUCGGAGAGCCAAUGUGAUGCGCCUUCAAAAACUGGACAGCAUGGGCGUGUGCAGCAUCGCAGCCGGAUUGGAGCACACAGUGGCCCGCACCCUGGACGGAAGGCUCUACCAUUGGGGCCUUAACAACCACUCCCAGUUGGGUGAGGAUGUCAGCUCGCCCAUGGAGAUUACCAUAGCGGAUAACGCGGCAUCAUUGCCAAUCGAACAGAACUCGGCGCUAGAGGCAACUUGCGGAGACUACCACACGCUGCUGCUUAAUGCCUCCGGGCAGAUACAAUCCCUCCAGCCACCGCCUCCAAUGCGCCACCUGCAGCAGUCCAGCACCUAUGCCCAGACGCUUCUCCAGCUUCAGUUAGGUGCUGCGUGGCCACGCCAACUGCGACUGCUCAUGUGUUCCGGGGGGUUCACGCUGCAAAACCAAAGGAAGUUCCAAAGGCAGUAUCACUACUACCUAAGUCACCUGCAAUCGCAGCUUCAGCUGCUUCUCAAGCAUCGCCAAGCUGUUCAGUUGCUGGAGAUCUGGCAGCGACAAUCAGCUCUGGAGGCGAUCAGCGUCCUCGGCCCCCUGCUGGUCAGCUGGGAGCGCAUGCUGUGCUUACUAGUUGCGACAUUGCAUUCGUUGGAGGGAUUCUACCGAGCGGACUUUGUGCAGCCCGCCGAUCUGCUUUUUAUUUGCCACUACAAGGAGUAUAUCGAGCUGUUCGACGGGUACACCAAGGCAUAUUGCGACGUGUACUCGGUUAAUGGCUUUGGUGAGGCGGUGGCCGCCGUGGCCGGACUAAGCAGUCCGCUGGCCGAACUCAACGAGGAGAGCUACGUGACGCGGCUGUUCCAGCAACCCUUCAGCAUUUAUCAGCUGUUUGUGCAAUUUAUGGAACUGCUAGUGAGGACGCAACCGGAGUACGGCGAGCACAGAGUGGCUUGGUCGGAAUUCGCACGGCUCAGCUGCAUCAGCCAAGAACUGGCCGUGAACACCAGGGAUUUCUGGAGCAGCAACGAUCGUAACCCAAGGAUCGUUCAGUUCAGAAGACGACAACGAAGGGUUAUCCUUACAUCUGCCUUAGUGCCACUGAAACUCGUCACUUCUGGCCUCAGUAUAUCCAGCUACAGCUUCAUCUUGUUUUCCGACUUUUUGUGCCAGGUCGGCGGAAACUCCCUGUUCUCCUAUCCACUGACUACGCUGUGGGUUUGGACCGAGGGCGACCUGAGCUUGCGCUUGACAACGCCGGAGAAAACCUUUCUGGUCACAACACGCUCCCAGGAAAUGCGCAAGGUGUGGCUGGACCAGCUGCAGUCGAGCAUCGUUGCGUCCUUAGGAAGACCUCUCGGCAGUGCGGUCCCCAGUGCUCGCUCCACGGGUUACGAGUUCAGCCGGGAGCACACAAAGUUCUCCCGGGUGAAGGCGUGCGGUACUUGGAGGAAGGGUGUUCUCCAUGGAAACUGCUACCUGGAGUAUCCGGACGGAAGUGUCUACUGCGGGGAGCUGCAUCAUGGUGUCAUCGAAGGCUAUGGCAAAAUGGUGAUUCCCGCAUCUGGUCUGUACGUUGGUCACUUCAAAGGUGGUCGCUUCCACGGUCACGGUGUCUACGAGAUGCACAGCAAGGACUCCCCCGAAAGCGAAGUUUACGAGGGAAACUUCUGCGAGGGUCUCUUCCACGGUCACGGAAUGAUGCGGAACAACCGAUACAUCUACGUGGGCGAGUACCAGGCUAAUGUGCGCAGUGGAUACGGUGUGAUAGAGGACCUGGUAAGCGGAGACAAGUACAUGGGAAUGUUUGCGGACAACAAGCGAUCGGGAAUCGGCAGCUGCAUUACCAAUCGGGGUGACUAUUUCGAGGGCAACUUCUCCGGAGACGAUCUAAUGGGUAGUGGCGUUGCGGUGUUUGAGAACGACUAUUACUACGAGGGCGAGCUCACGCUGCACGGCCCCAAUGGACGGGGAGAGUACUAUAUGCCCAGCGGAGAUGCGGCCGGAGGAAACGGUGUCAUUGCCACCGGGGAGUCCGACGAGACCUGUGAGCUGAUCGGCAAUAAGAUGUUCGGGCAGCUGAGCGGUAGCUGGGAAACGGUGCGAAUUCAGGCCGGCGAACUUGUUCUAAAUAGACGAUUUCCAAAAUACCCAAGUUCCCUUGGUCGCCAAGUGGUGGAUCACAAUCGCAAAUGGCGUUCGCUGUUUAACAACUUUGAGUCGGACCUGGCCAAUUGCACGGCCAACAGUAGCAGCUCUGGUGGAAAUCCGUCAGUGGGCACCCUGAGAAAGAACUCGAAACCGUCGCUCAGCACGGCUCAACUGUGGAACUGCAUAGCGGUGUAUAUGAGCAAGCAGCGUGCUCGGGAGGGAGCUAAGCCUGGAAACUACUUCAACAAUAUCCUGCUGAGUCUGCCGCUGCCGCAGAAGACAUCUUCCCCACUGGCUAAGGCGCGGAGCACCACAAACCCACUGAGCAAGCUGCAAACGGAGGCUGCAUCGGCUCUAGACUUUCUGGGAUUUCCGCCACGCCGCAUCCACUCCCAAGAAACGCUGAACAGUAAGCCAGGCGGACUACAGAGGGCGGAUAGCUUGCUUUCUGUGGGUCACAAUUCCUCUCGCGACUUGGACACCAGCAGUCUGGCCAGCUUUCAGAUGGAACAAAGUCUGCUCAAUGAUUCUGUAAAUGCUGACGAGUCAAGCACGCUCAACGAAAGUUUUACCAAAUUAAGUCACAACAACAAUAACAGCAUCUCGAAGCACAUGAACAACAGCGAUUGCUCGAUUACCUCCACAACAUCCACGACGAGUGCAAUGCUCGAGCAGGUGCCCAGUUUUGGAAUGGCCUCGGUGCUCACGGAGCAGGAUGUGGCCUCCAUACGUUUGUACCUAGAGCAGGCUUUCAAAGAUCGGCAUCAUCCGCUGUACGCCUUAAACGAGCGCAUUGCCAACUGUUUCCACUACUCAUACGGCUACUGGAAGGUCAAACCGACCCCGAUCCUCGCUAAGCAGGCGAUGAGGGAGUGGGAGUCUAUAUCGCGACGCAUUUACCGAUUUGUGCGUAAGAUGUUCCCAGCUUUGCCCGAGGACUAUUGCCACAUGGAGGGUAGCAGGGAGGUUAUUUCGCACAUUACCCUGUUGUACCCUCUGGUGCUAUCCGAGGGCAUCUACUCCACCUUAUUUGUGUUGUACGCGAAUAAGUACAGUCGCAAGGACGAAAUGUACCGGCAGAAUCUAAAUCUUGCCGAGAAACUUAAGGACCAAGAGCUAGUUGAACUUAUGGGCCAUGAGAGAUUUCUCCAAAAUGUGAUGCUGGAUCCCAAAUUUGAAGAGUCGGUUCAGUCGUUAAAGGAACUGCAGGAGAAGUUUAGUCCCCAGGACAUGUUGACUGUGAUACAGCGCAGCACGCAGCUGCUAACGGAGGCAUAUGAACACGCCAUGGCGGCAAAUGCCGCUCAGCUCAAUGCGGACAACAUGAUACCGCUCACCAUGCUCACAAUGCUGCGCGCUGCGGUUCCCCACUUGGGUGCCGAGUUGGCCCUGCUGGACGAUCUGACCGGCGGCCCCAAUUUUCAGGCAGAGAUGAACGGAAUGGCGGGUUAUUGCUACACCACACUAAAGGCUGCCUAUGAGCACGUAACCCUUAGAGCCCUGCAAAAAACCCCCUGAGCGAACUCGACCCAAAGGCAAAAGCUGUAAUAUUUAUCGUUUUUUACUUGUUAAGUCGACCUGAUACAUUUGAUCUACGGAUUCUCAAGGUUCGGUUAUCGCUUAAGCCCGAAGAAGUUGGGUUAUGGCUAAAUAAUAAGCUAGAUAAUAUGUUACUCUUUGUUGAAAAUGUAAAGCUUAAUUGAAAGAAAGAGAAGGAAAGCGAGUAUUUCCCGUAUAUAGUCUGUAUAUACCUUAAGAGACGAAACUCCCCUAUAGGAUUACGGGUAUUGAUUCUGUACAGAAGCUAAUGGAUAGCCUGUAGAUCAGUGUAGGAAAUGUGUAUCUAUAUAUUUAUGUAUGUAUUUGUUUUGUAUAUUGUAGGCGAAAACACAACAUUCCGAUUAUUCACCAAACCAAAUAAAUAUCUACACACAUAUACUGGA